UUGGCUUUUUGUGCCUGUUGUUCACGGACAGCCAUAUUAGAGUGAGCUAGCAGCUGUUAAUGCUAAUUAUGGCGAAGUAGGCCUUAGGAGAUGUUAAGAAACUGAAACCACCGAAUUGGCUUUCUCAAGACGAUGUCACAGAUCAGUAAUAGUGUCUCUUUUCCGCAAAAUGCGGAGAGUGAUAUUGAAAGUGAUGUUACUCUUAACGUUAACCAAGACUCGGCAACUGUAGUAGAGGCCGAGACAGUAAUAAACACUCACAACACUAGUUCGCAGGUUGAAGGCAAAGAUGCCUUGAAGGACUUGCUGACGGAUGAGUAUUGCCACAUCUGUGAAGCUGUGCUGCUGUUCGAGUCUCAGAGGACCUCCCAUUAUGAGGGAAAGAAACAUGCACAGAAAGUCCGUCUGUACCUCCAGUCCAAGAAAUCUCAGGACCCCGACAAGGAGACAACAGUCCUGCAGGCUGGAGCCUCGGUGGAUAAACAGAAGUUCUGUGAGCUAUGCAACAUGGUGUUCAGCUCAGCAGUGGUGGCCAAGUCUCACUAUGAGGGCAAGAUCCAUGCCAAGAACCUGCGGAGAUUCCGGCCUUUCGAUGCCAAGCAGAAAGGUGAUGUCGCUGAGCCUGCCCCUCCUCAAGUCCCAGACAAGCCAGAGGAUGAAGAGGACGACAGGGCCACGUUGGGUUCAAAGGUCAGCCCUGGCACGGCCAUGGCCGCCGCCACCGUCGUCGCCAACCAGGAGGUGGACUUGAACGACCCGUCCAGGCACUGCCGCCUGUGCGCGGCCUCCUUCAACAACCCGCAGAUGGCGCAGCAGCACUACAGCGGGCGCAAGCACCAGCGCAACCAGAGCCGCCAGCAGGUGCUGCAGCAGCUGGCCGAGGACGGAGACACAGCGAGAUCUCUCACCUGUCCCAUAUGCAGCCUAACCUUGAGCUCUGUGGAGAUGUACCAGGCCCACAUGCAAGGCAACAAGCACCAGAUCAAGGAGAAGAAGGUAGCGGACCUGUGCAAGUCUCAGAAGAAAGUUUACGACUCCUACCAGGAUGAGCUGGCCGACUACAUCGCUGUCCAGAAGGCCCGGGGCCUGCAGCCCAAAGCUGGGGUAGCAGACAAAGAGAGAGCGCAGGAACCGAACGCGGACGCAGAGAAGACCGUUCUUCCUCCUCCUCCUCCUCCUCUUCCUCCUCCUCCCCCUUCUCUUCAUCCUCCCUCGCUUUUUUCUAUUCGUUUUCCCGUGCCUCCGCCGCGCUUGGCCCAGCCUCCUUUCCAGUCGCCGGCCAAUCGCUUUGCGACGUGGGGAAGGGGCGCCCUGCGGCCUCCGUUCUGGGAGCCGGGCUACAACGGGCCCCGCCCAAACAUGCCGCCCCUGACCCGCCCCAAGGGUCCACCUGGGCGGCGACCGGCCCGAGGGAGGAGUCCCGAUUGGUCGAGUUCGUCCUCUUCCUGGUCCGACUCCUCUGACACUAGUAGCAGCAGCAGCAGCAGUAGCAGCAGCAGUAGCAGCAGUGACUCCGACCACUCCAGAGAGAGAAGGAGGCGAAAACGGCGAAGGAAAGACAAGGAGAGGGAAAGGAGAGACCGGGAGAAAGAGAGGAGAGGAAGAAGGAGGGGGCCGAGAGACGGGGAAGAGGAGGAGAGAGGAGAGGGGGCAGAGCGGGCCGAGAGACCAGCUCGGAGAAGAGAGGGAAAGGACGGAGAGGGGGAGAGAGAGAAAGACCACGAGAGGAGGAGAAGCAGGAGGCGGAGGGAGAGAGAGAGGAGGCACAGGAAGGAGUUGUCGGACGAGGACAGGGAGGCGAAGAGGCGGAAGGGAGACAGGCAAAGGAAGAGACCGCACGAGGAAGAGGAGGGUGAGGAAGGAGCGAAAAGGAAAAGAGAACCCAAGGAGGGACUGCCAGGGGGCGAGCAAGACAAGGCGGCCGACGACACGAGCGGGAAAAUGGACGAAGACGGACAGGACGAAACAAACGGACAAGGCGGCGUGGCGGCGGCCGACCCGACUGACCACAGGGAGAAACAGAAGACGCACAGACCCAAGAAGGAGAAGAAGAGGAAAGAGCGCACCGAGGAGGUGGACACUAGGACAGAGGAGGAGAAGCUGUGGGACGAGACUAUACUGGGCAUCUUCUGAAAGGUUAGGGUCAGGAGUCGCGGGCAGACACCGGACAGGUUGGACGCUCUGUCCCAUAUCACUACACAAGCGUCCAAUCCGUCUGCACAGCUUGCUCUCUUCCUGGGAGUCCUUCUGUGUCACACAAACGAUAUCCAGUUAGUGGUCGAAUGUGAAUGUGUACCAAUGAAAUGAAUGACGUGCAUGGAGAAUGGAUGGAUGGACAGAUAGAUGGACAGACAGACAGACAGACACUUGUUUAUUCUUUUGCAGUAUGUUUGCCCUAUACAACCCGAGGCUCAUUUAAUUGUCUUAAUAUGUUAAUUUAUUGUCUUUUCCCUCGAGAGAAACUAUUUUGUUUUUAGCCCUGUGGAAUGUCGACCGUUGGCUAUUCUAAGCAGUGCAAGAUCAUCCUGAGUUUUGUGUGACCUGAGAUUGUAAUCAUGUUUACAUUUUUUGUUUGCUUUUUAGACUAACAUACACGCCAGAUCCCAGUCUGGAAUUUACACACAUGCAGAGGGAAUGUUCACACAGCCAGAAUCACUUGGGCAACCAGCCUCGAAAGGAACCUGGUUUGUCUCGUCUUUAUAUUUGCAGUGCAAUAGGCAGCUCUACCCCCAGGAGGUGCUGUUGAGCUGUUAAUGUAUUUGACAGCAGGCCAGGUUCCAAUUCACCUAUUCCGGGAAAUACACAAAAGCUCUGUUACCUUGACACAAAACGAUGAUGAAAUAACCUUGACAGAGAAAUGGUCAUUGUAAUGACUGAAUUGUAUUUGAUUCCUCAUUUAUGACACACAAAUGAAUCCAGGAAAUUAAUCAGCUCCUUCGUGGUUGCAAUAUUUUGGGAUUUUUACAUACACUGUUCAGUUAUAAUUUACCGACAGAUGUUGAUCAAUGACAGAUGUAAAUCAAUAAACCAGUCAUGCUUAUUGUUAUACUUAA